AUGGAAAAUGCACUCCGUGCUUCAUGGUCUCCGAGAACUGCCGCAGGUAAGUGUCAUCCUCCCAUCGCUGAUUCUUUAUGGCUGAUCUCUCGAAGCGCCCCUCUGUCACUAGAGGGAAACGUGAAGGACUUUAUUGACACCAUGGCUUAUAUCGACAUGGUCAUCAAACUCAACAGUCCUUCGAGACGGCAAGAGAGGAUCCUUGACACAAGUGUGAAAACUAGAACAAAUCCGACUCCGACUAAUGGCUUCGGAUUCGAGGAUAGAGUUCUUCUUCCCGGGGUCCGGAAGGACCUCGUUGUUGCUACGAUUACGCUGGGCACUCGUUUCAUCGAAAUUAUUGCAGAACACGCCACGACACACGGUGAUAGACAAGUGAAAUGCUCGCACGACUAUCCAACUCGACUCACUACGUCUAAUGUGGAAUAUCUCUCGUGGAAUGGGGCUGUUCGCGAGUUCCACGCUGACGUCCUCAAGGCACUGCAGCCUGUCAACGACCAUCUCGCGCGUACCAUCAUGGAGAAUAUCCCAAUCAAAUGGAUUCCUGCUGUGGAUGAAGAAGCUUUGGAGGCAGCCAAGAUGGCGAUUUUGAAGGCUGAUCCGCCAGCUCAAUUUUAG